GAGCAGGAGGAGCAAGGAUGAAGAGGAGGAUGAUAGUGAUGAAGAUGAUAAUGAUGAUGAGCAGCAUCUUCAGUCAGUCAGACACUGACGAGGUUUGUGGAGGUUCAGAUUCUCUGCAGCUCAGACUGAGUGUUUGAAUCAUCGGCUGUGAUCCUCCUCCUCUCAGACAGGAGGAGGAGGGGGAGGAGGAGGAGGAGGAGGAGGAUGUACUGCUGCUGCUGCUGCUCUUCACUUCCAGAUUCAACAAAUAGAAGUCAGAGAGGAUCCACUUGUUAUCAGCUUCAUGUUGGACGGUGAAACCUGCACCAAAGAAGAAGACGAGGACCGGAGAGGCUUUAAUGAGAGGAUGAAAACAGGAAGCGUCCGUGUGAGAUGAAGCAUCACUCGCUGGUUUAAUUCACUCACUGAAACGUUCGGAAGCAGCUUCAAAAAGACAGUUUGAAGAUUAAAUAACACAGAAGAUGACGUUUGGUACACAGCACUUCCUGUUUUUGUUUCAGAAAAUAAAGUUUUGAAACCGCUUCAGCUUUUUAACAAACAGAUGAUGAGUUUUGGAAACAGUCGACAUUUUGAACAAUAUGAAGUUUGGACGCCAGAGGUCCAUGUUUGUAUCGCAGGUAACAAUGUUUGGAAGCCGUCUGUGUUUUUAAAGUGAAGUAACAUGAAGUUUGGCAGCAGUCUUUGCAUCCUGAACGUCGGUGGUCGUAGGUUUUCCUUCUCAGCUGAACUGAUGAAGCGCCUCCCUCUCAGCAGACUCAGCCGGCUGCAUCGCUGCGUGUCAGAGAGCGAGCUGCUGGAGCUCUGUGACGACUACGACCGCGACAGGAAUGAGUUUUUCUUCGACCGCCACUCGGAGGCCUUUAGCUUCAUCAUGCUGUACGUGCAGCACGGGAAGUUACGCUUCGUGCCUCACAUGUGUGAGCUGUCCUUCUACAACGAGAUGUUAUACUGGGGCCUGGAGAGCGCCGACCUGCAGCCGUGCUGCCAGCGGCGUCUCGAUGACCGUUUGUCCGACUGCUUCGUCCACUUCUUCCCCGAGGAGGAGCCGCGGGGCCCCGAGGAGCCGCGGAGCCGCUGGAUAGAGAUGAUGAGGAGAACGUUCGAGGAGCCCACAUCUUCACUAGCGGCGCAGAUCCUGGCUUCGGUGUCGAUGCUGUUCGUGAUCAUCUCCAUGGUGAUGCUGUGUGCCAGCACCUUACCAGACUGGAAGACCGCUGAGACCCUGGACCAGCACAGGAUCAUUGAGGCGGUGUGUAUUGGUUGGUUCACAGCAGAGUGUAUCAUCCGUUUCCUGGUGUCUCGGGACAAGUGUGAGUUUGUUCGCCGUCCUCUGAACAUCAUCGACCUGCUCGCCAUCACGCCAUACUACGUCUCCGUUACCGUGACAAUCAUGACAGGAGAGAACUCUCAGCUGCAGCGAGCCGGCGUCACGCUGCGAGUCCUGCGCAUCAUGAGGAUCUUCUGGGUGAUCAAACUGGCUCGUCACUUCCUGGGCCUGCAGACGCUCGGCCUGACGCUGCGGCGCUGUUACCGCGAGAUGAUGAUGCUGCUGAUUUUCAUCUGCGUCGCUAUGGCGAUCUUUAGUGCCUUGGCCCAACUGCUGGAGCACGGUCUGGACCUGGAGGCGGGAAACCAGGACUACGCCAGCAUCCCUGCUGCUUGCUGGUGGGUCAUCAUCUCCAUGACGACGGUUGGGUACGGGGACAUGUACCCGGUGACGGUUGCGGGCCGCGUGCUGGGCGGCCUCUGUGUGGUGAGUGGCAUCGUGCUGCUGGCGCUGCCCAUCACCUUCAUCUACCACAGCUUCGUCCAGUGCUACCACGAGCUGAAGGUACGCUCCGCCCGCUGCACCCACAGCCUGUCCACCGAGUUCAUCAACUGACCCACAAUGUUGCCACAGCAACCCAGACAGGAAGUGCUGAAGCCUUCGAUGUCACACAAUGCUUAAAGAAACAACAGAGUGUCUCUUGAACAAGAUCUUUUUGUUUUGAAUGAAACUUUGAGUUCAGGUUUGUUUUUUAGGAGUUUCCGAUGUUCUUCCUUUAAUGAGUCACAGGACGGUCACUGACAAAAGUUACUGAUGAACAGUUUUUAAAAGAGGAUCAGAGAAUAAUUGAUCCCAGCUGAUUAAUACUAAUUUAUUUGUUGGAAACAUGUCUCUGUGUUUGUUCCUCUUUCUGUAGAUGACUAAUAGAUGUGAAAUGAACUGAAACUAAUGAAACAAGAUAAACUGAACACUGUGAACACCAAACUUCACCUGUCCAGGUAAACUUCGAUUUGUUCUGAGGAGUGAUCAGUACAUCAGAGACGAGCUGUUUGUCUGUAAAAAGUGAAUGUUUAAUUCUGACAUUUAAAUAACUGAAACGUUUUACUUUGAAAACUGUCUGAACGUCACAUGUUCUACAAUCAGUAUCACAUUGUUCAGAUGUUUUCAGGAGUUCUGGGACCAAUAAUGCAGACAACAACGUAAUCACUUAAGAUAAACACACAAAGAUAUGUUCAAAUAUAUGUUCUCUCCUGCACACAGGUAACUCCUGCACACAGGUAACUCCUGCACACAGGUAACUCUUGCACACUGGAAACUCCCGGACGCAGGUAAUUCCUACACAUAGGUGACUCCAACACACAGGUAACUCUUGCACACUGGAAACUCCCGCACACAGGUGACUCCUGCACACAGGUGACUCCAACACACAGGUAACUCCUGCACACUGGAAACUCCCGCACACAGGUGACUCCUGCACACAGGUGACUCCUGCACACAGGUGACUCCUGCACACAAGCGACUGCAGACAGUAGUAAAGUAAGAUGUUUCACUGCUUUGCGUUCACGACUGUAAUAUUUAAAUCUUUCUUCCAUUAUGGGAUGAACGUUUCUUUGAUUCAAAUCGAUGCUUCCUGUUUUUUCUGUUUUUUUUUAAAGAAGCCAUUCUGUUUCUACGUGAAUGUUCAGGUCUCUCUGAAGGUGUCUGGAUCUUUGUGAUGUUUGAUCUCUGGAAACAGGAACAGGAACAGAUCCACCUCCUGCUCAUCAGUGUUUCUGUUUCCUGUAGCGCCCCCCUCAGGACUGACUGUCAGGGGUUAAACCAGCAGUCUGUGGUGUAACUGGAGCUGUUGGGACUGACUGGACACCAUCCACUGUCUCCAUGGCAACAGCAGACUCAGAGACAGGAAGUUGAAGUGUUGGAAACAUUCGGUUUUGAAUGUCAGGACAGUGGAGGUGUGAUUUAUCUCAGUGAAGACACUUCUUCUUCUAUUUCUUCUUCCGUGGUGUGAAAUACUGCAGGGUUUAAACCAAAGCACAAACUACACGGACUAUCCCUUUAACCUUUAAGAUACCACACUCUUCUUUCUUUCUUUCUUUCUUUCUUUCUUUCUUUCUUUCUUUCUUUCUUUCUUUCUUUCUUUCUUUCCCCUCUAACAGAUGAUUUAUCUCUUACUUGUUGUAUUUCCUCAUGAAACCUGAUAAACCCUCAUUAAAGGGCCAUGUCGUGUA